UGCCCAAAAAUGUCUAAAACCCACCUACCAUCAAAAUGAUGCUCGGCGAAGGAAUCCCCAAUCCGACCGUCCAUGUGCCACCAUGGACAGUUUUCGAGGACUCUACGGCGGGGAUGAUCUUUCAGUCCCCUGUAAGCGGCAUCUCUGUAAACACAAAUGGAGCCGCAUGCGGAGGGGGAGAUUACUCACCCUUCUUGAUAGGCGAGACACUGUCAGCGCUGCAGCGCUACCUUCCUUCAAACGAGUUCGACGAUUCCGACUCGGAGAUACCGAACCAUGAGUGUGACGUACCUGUCGAUGGGUUCUCGUGCGACGAGUUUCGGAUGUACGAGUUCAAGGUCCGUCGGUGUGCGCGGGGCCGGUCCCACGACUGGACCGAGUGCCCGUAUGCUCACCCAGGCGAGAAGGCGAGGCGGCGGGACCCGCGCAAGUUCCAUUACUCGGGCACGGCAUGCCCGGACUUUCGCAAGGGCAAUUGCAAGCGUGGCGACUCGUGCGAGUUCGCCCACGGGGUGUUUGAGUGCUGGCUCCACCCAGCUCGCUACCGGACUCAGCCGUGUAAGGACGGCACAAGCUGCAGGCGCCGUGUUUGCUUUUUCGCCCACACGCCGCAACAGCUCCGCGUGCUCCCGCAGCAGAGUCCGAGGACAACCUCGAUCGCUGCCGCCGCGGACUCCUAUGACGGAUCGCCGCUGCGGCAGGCGAUUGAGGCCGGCGCCUACAUGCCUAAAUCGCCUUUUACUUCGUCGCCGACUUCAACUCUGAUAUCGCCGCCGCACUCCCCGCCGUCGGAAUCCCCUCCCCUAUCGCCCAUCAGCCCAUCCAUCCGUCGAUCGAUGCCCUCAGGUUCUGUGAAUGAAGUGCUCGCUUCCCUGAGGCAAUUACAGCUGAGUAAGGUGAAAUCAGCCCCGGCAUCGUGGGGCCUUCAGUUCGGGUCAUCGCCGAGGGGACCGAAUCUACGGCCUGCGUUCAGCAGCCUUCCUUCCACCCCGACCGCACCCGGGGCUGGGAUUGGAUGGAUGGAUAGUUGGGAAAGGGGAUGCAUCGAGGAGGAGCCGAUGGAGAGGGUUGAAUCGGGAAGGGAUCUACGGGCUAAGAUGUACGAGAAGCUGAGCAAGGAGAAUUCGAUCGAGCAUGUGGAAUUGCCGUCUGCGGCAGCGGCCCCCGAUGUCGGGUGGGUCUCGGAGCUGGUGAUGUGAGUCCUUCGAUUUCUUGAUUCUGAUCUGAUUUUUCUGAUUGUGUAUAUUGAGAAGGAAAGAAGCAAGCAAGAGUGGAAAGGGAGAAAAAAUAUGGUUAAGUGUGUAAAUAUUCUCUGUUUUGGGGGGUUUUCUGAGAAGUCAGAAGAUGAAUGAUAUCUUGUAUAGAAAAAAAUGGAGAAUUUCUUGGGGAGAAGCGUUGGAGAGGAAGCGUAUCUCUGGUACUUGUUCGUUUUUUCUUAUUUUUAUUUUUUGUUUUUUUGCUAAUUUUCUGAUCUGAAUGUGAAAAUUGGUUUGCAAACCAUUAUUGUAAUAUAUUUUUUCAAUUUCUAUUUCGAGUUAUUAUUUCCUGA